AUGGACGCUCGUCUGCCCGCCUGGGCACUGGUGCUGCUGGGCCCGGCGCUGGUGCUGGCACUGGGUCCCUCGCCCACCCCAGGAGCGCGCGAGCAGCUGUGUGGCCAUCACUUCGUGCGUGCGCUGGUGCACGUGUGCGGGGGACCGCGCUGGUCCCCUGAGGCCGGGAGGCCCGCGGCUGGUGGCGACCGUGAGCUGCUGCAGUGGAUGGAGGGACGACAUCUCCUCCAUGGGCUGGUGGCUGAUGGGGACCCCGCCCUGGUACCUGAUCCACAGCCCCUACCCCAGGCCUCUCACCAUCAUCGCCACCACCGAGCAGCUGCCAUCAACCCUGCACGCCACUGCUGCCUCAGUGGCUGCACCCAACAAGACCUACUGACUCUCUGUCCCCACUGA